AACAAAGCUCUAUCGUCUACGAUGAAGAGAGACAAGUAAAUCACAGUGCGUCGAAAUUGAAAGAUGGACCAACAAAUAUACCGGCGAACGAGGCGCAGGUGUUGCAGGUGAAGAAUCCUCAACAUGGCGUGGUGGGCGCACGCUGUGCUGACCAUGUGUCUGCUGUCAGUGGCGGGCGCUUACCUCAUCCUGGUCCCAGACACAGCGCCGCCCGGCUAUACAGUACUAGAUGCGGCGGUCUACAAACUCGGUUCUGAACGAGCGUACUCCAUCGACGUCCACCGCACUGCUAACUUCGUCCAUCAUAUCCUUCGGGUCAAUAGAACCAACGGUCUUGUCACAUUGCGUAAACGGCUACGAUGUGAUGGCGUCCUAUACCCCAACCUCUUCACAUUCUACGUGGACUCUACAUCCGAACGGAUUAGAGACAUCGACUAUUACAGCUUACCCAUAAGAAUUCUAGUUAUAGGCGAAGAUUGCAGCCGACGUCAUGCUGAUUUGUACGACAUUGACUUCGAUCGUGUUUACGAUCAAAGCGAUUCUGCCAUGCAGUAUGAAGACGAUCACUUUAGAGAUAAGAGAAGUGUUAUAUAUCAAGAGAGUAUAGACUGGCGGUUAUUAGAGGAAGAUGAAAUGAGAUCUAGUCAAUUUAGUGUUCUAUCUACUGCGUAUCCAUGGUCAAGUGCGAUGUUUGAAGAUUAUGUCGCUAGAAAUAGAAGUAGGAAGAAACGUUCUCUGUUAGUACCUUUCGACAUGGCCAUUGAUGUCAAAAUUGCGGAGGCCAAGCAGUGGAUAACGGAGACAUAUGCCAGCUUCUCGAUACCAACAACAGACAGAUGGCAGGGCAUAUGCUUAAAGAAAUCGCAGUUUGUGAACUCAUUGACGGCAUUCUUGCCUCGGACGGUUCAGAAAAUGUGUAAAGUCCAAUUUCUAGAUGUGAGUGACCCCAGAUUUGUAAUAGAGAGUAGCCAAGGUGAUUUGGUUGCCAUUGAUGAUGUGUGUAUACUGGAACCGAUGUGGAAAGUGUCAAUUCUAUUCACAUUCAAUUGUGAUCAGACAAACAUAGUUGAUUCUGAUCAUAGACUCAAGAUCGUAUAUCAUCAUCAGGAGUUGAACGACACAGACAUAGCAAGAAGAGUGAAAAGAGAAUUGAGAAAUCAAUCUCCAUACUUUGAGCAGGCACUAUAUGUGGCGUCUGUUGCGGAAGAACAACCUCCUGGUGUCAUCGUCACUACUGUUCGCGCACGUGAUCCAGAAAAUAGUCCAGUUACAUACUCGAUGUCCAGUCUUCUGGACUCACGGUCAGCAGGAAUGUUCGCUGUGGAUACGAGAACUGGUGUGGUUACCACUCAAGCAAGACUUGACCGCGAGAGGCUAGACGUCCACUAUUUCAGAGUGGUCGCGCAAGACGACACAUUCCCACCGAGAAGUGGUACUACCACUUUACAGAUUAACGUGUUGGACUGCAACGACCAUUCUCCUGUAUUUGAAAUGCAGCAGUAUGAAGCCUCUGUUAGGGAAGGUGCUAGCCCUGGUACCACAGUUUUGACUUUGAAAGCCACCGAUCAAGAUAUUGGCAAAAAUUCUGAGGUGGAAUAUUCAAUAGAUUCGGUAACAGCUGAUCUCCUAGACCCGGAAAACAACGAAUCCAUAGACAGUAAAGAAGUAUUAGACAGCCAAGAUGUGUUCCGAGUGGAUGGGCGAAGUGGUGCAUUGCUUACUCGAGCUACCCUGGAUAGAGAGAAAGUGUCAAGAUAUACUGUAAUUGUGAAGGCCACUGAUCAAGCCAGUCCGGUGUCUGAUAGGCUAUCCACCACCGCCACAAUACACGUCAACGUUUUAGAUGACAAUGACAAUUACCCGCAGUUUAGCGAGAAAACUUACACAGUUACUGUAGAAGAAGAUAUCAGUGUUGCAGAUAACCCAAUAAUCGCUAAAAUCAAAGCAAAGGACGCGGAUAUUGGCGCCAAUGCAGCCAUACGGUACGCGAUAAUUGGCGGGAACACACAGAUGCAAUUUUCAAUUGACAGCUUGAGUGGGGACGUGUCUCUGGUAAAGCCGCUCGACUACGAACAAGUCAGAAGCUAUCGACUGGUGAUACGAGCCCAAGAUGGCGGUAGUCCCUCGCGAUCAAAUACGACCCAGCUUUUGGUUAACGUAAAAGAUGUCAACGACAAUUCUCCAAGGUUCUAUACAUCUCUUUUUCAAGAGUCUGUCAGUGAGAAUGUCCCGGUUGGAUACAGCAUUGUUAGAGUACAAGCAUACGACGCAGAUGAGGGCGUGAACGCUGAAUUGACGUAUACGUUAAGCGAUAAAGAGUAUAAUGGCAAUGCUGGACUUCCAAUUACCAUAGACCCAAGGUCUGGUUGGGUCUACACAUCGAGCUCAUUGGAUAGAGAGGUGCAAUCGAAGUAUCAACUACAGGUGACAGCCACAGACAACGGAACUCCUCCGCGAUCUGCCACAGCCUCCGUAGUCGUUGUGGUUCAAGACGUGAACGACAACGAUCCGGUCUUCUCUCCAGCGCAGUAUGACGUGGAAUUGGCCGAAGAUGAACCGCCUGGAACACCCGUCGUCACGGUCACAGCAACAGAUGCCGAUGAAGAUAAUAGGCUUCACUAUGAAAUCACCGGCGGUAAUACCCGUGGACGUUUCUCGAUAACCUCACAAAAUGGCCGCGGACUCAUAACUGUGGCUCAGCCGCUGGACUUCAAACAGGAGAGGCGAUAUGUCCUGACCGUGACGGCCACAGAUUCCGGUGGAAGAUCAGACACAUCCAUGGUCCAUAUUAAUAUAACUGACGCCAAUAAUUAUGCACCGGUUUUUGAAAAUGCACCAUAUUCUGCUUCGGUAUUUGAAGAUGCGCCCAUAGGUACUACAGUGCUAGUGGUAUCAGCCACAGACAGCGAUGUAGGUGUCAAUGCACAGAUUACAUACACCCUCACAUCUGAGAUAUCCAAUGAGGCUGUAGCUCAUCAUGAGCAAGAGUUUCUGAUUAACCCUCAAACCGGAGCGAUCACUACGAACAAACUUUUGGAUAGAGAGACUAUGAGUGGCUAUUUGCUAACAGUAACUGCCCGUGAUGGGGGCGUCCCAGCCUUAUCUGAUACGACGGAUGUCGAGAUAUCUGUAGUGGACGUCAAUGAUAACGAACCGGUGUUUAAACAACAACUUUACACGGCUACUAUAAUGGAGGAUGCGUUAGUCGGAACAUCAGUGACCCAAGUGGGUGCAACAGAUGCUGAUGUGGGCCUAAAUGGCCGUGUGCAUUAUGAAUUAGAAACGCGCGAUCGGGAGGAGGGUUCGUUUGUCAUAGACCCGGCUUCUGGAGUCAUCCGGACCAAUAAGGCUUUGGACCGGGAGUCUGUGGCCACAUACGACUUGAAGGCAUUGGCCAUUGAUGGGGGAACGCCUCCGCAGAGUUCCACGGUAAUAGUCCACAUAAAGAUAGAAGACAUCAAUGACUCACCACCAGUGUUUGAAAGUGAUUGCCUCACCUACUACAUCCCGGAGAACAGUCCGAUCGGGACCACCAUAGGAGAAAUAUACGCAAGAGACCCUGAUGAAGGAGCCAAUGCUGUUGUCCACUAUUCUAUUAAAGGUGGAGACGACUCAAACAGCUUCUCCCUGGAAACUCGUCAGGGUUCAGAGAAAGCUGAGCUGGUAUCAAUGGUAGACCUUGACUACGAGAGUCCGCGAAAGAAAUACGAGCUUGUAAUUAGAGCUGCAAGUCCACCGCUUUGGAAUGACGUGAGAGUGGAAAUUCUGGUCACCGAUGUGAACGAUAAUGCUCCUAUGAUGAAAGACUUCCAAGUUAUCUUCAACAAUUACAAAGACUGUUUUCCUGUGGGACCGUUUGGAAGAGUUCCUGCGUAUGAUGCUGAUGUAGCUGAUAAGCUGCAAUAUAGAAUCCUUUCUGGAAACAACGCCAACCUGGUUCUGAUAAACGAGACGACGGGUUCCAUGACGCUAUCACCUCAGCUCAAUACAAACGUUCAGAAACUGGCCACCAUGGAAAUAUCUGUUACAGAUGGCGUAAACGAAGUAAAGGCAGUAAUGCAACUCCUAGUUCGACUGAUAACUGAAGACAUGCUUUUCAAUUCGAUAACAGUGCGUUUAAACGACAUGACGGCUGAAAGAUUCCUCUCACCUUUACUCGGGUUCUUCAUCGAUGGUUUAGCAGCAAUUAUUCCGUGCCCCAAGGAGAACAUCUAUAUUUUCAGCAUUCAGGAUGAUACAGACGUAUCCGGCAACAUUUUGAACGUAUCACUAUCAGCGGUACGUCCAGACGCCGAAGUCGGUACGUCGACGUACUACACUCCAACGCAUUUGCGCGAACGAGUCUACUUACAUAGGACCACGUUGGCCAGGCUUGCAACUGUACAGGUCCUACCGUUUGACGAUAACGUGUGCGUUCACGAGCCAUGUCUGAACUUCGAAGAGUGCCUCACCGUUCUGAAGUUUGGGAACGCUUCGGGUUUCAUCAACAGCGACUCGGUCCUCUUCAGGCCAAUAUAUCCUGUGACCACCUUCACUUGUCAAUGCCCAAGAGGUUUUACAGGAUCUCGUGACCAUUACAUGUGUGACACAGAAGUGGAUCUCUGCUACUCUUCACCGUGCAUCAACAACGGCACUUGUAUUAGAAGGGAGAGUGGAUAUACUUGUGUCUGUUCACCUGGAUUUACAGGUGUUAACUGCGAAACGGUCUUAACAAAUGCGACUUGCGACUUCAACGGCGACGGUUCCAUAUGCCGUAGUGGGUCCCAAUGCGUGGCAAGAAGAGAAGGAGGCAUUCUAUGCCAGGGCUGCACGAUCGACGCAGCAUACACCACGUCCAUGUGCGAGCUGAAGGCCAGGAGCUUUCCUGUGACUUCCUUUUUGACAUUUCCAGGCUUAAAGAAGAGGCACCGCUUCCAUUUGAAGUUAGACUUCGCAACUCAAGCGACAUCUGGUCUGUUACUAUACAACGGGAGGUACAACGAACGCCAUGACUUCGUGGCAUUGGAAGUGAUCAGCUCAGGCGCUGGCAGGGGGGGUCCAGGGUUGAGAUUCUCCUUUGCUCUUGGAGGGGGGAAGAGCGAGGUCACCGUUGAAGGAGAUGUUGCUGAUGGGGUGUGGCAUAGUGUGGAAGUUGAAUAUUAUAACAGGACGGCAACGUUGAUCUUGGACAAUUGUGACAAAGCGUUGUCUUUGGCGGGAGCGGGCGACUUCGGAAUAAAGUACGCUUGCGCCAACUUCACGAGGAAGAUAUUGCCGCCUCGCUGCGAUCUGCCCACUGAGACUUGUCACAGUUUUUUCAUUCCCAGAUUUCUAGAUCUCACUGGACCACUGCAGAUUGGUGGACUCCCAAAUAUUCCGAGCAGUUUCCAAGUUAAAAACAAAGACUACGUUGGAUGCAUAUCAGAUCUGUACAUUGAUCAUAAAUUCAUCGAUUUAAACAGUUACGUAGCAGACAACGGUACGCUAGCAGGAUGUCCAGAGAAGAGGUCUCAAUGCAGCAGUGCGCCAUGUUACAACGACGCGGAAUGUCAGGAUUUGUGGGAUACCUUCCUUUGCAAGUGUCCCGAAGGAUUUACUGGCAAGGAUUGUGCUGAAUCAACUGCUCCGCCUUGGCGCUUCAGUGGAGAUGGAAUGCUCUCCUUCAAUCCUCUUUUACGGCCGAUACAACUGCCUUGGCUCAACGCACUAUCGAUACGAACGAGACAACACGAUGCCUUCCUCAUGUCUAUACAAGUGGGACAGAAUAGCACCAUUCUUGUUACCCUGAAAUCCGGCCUUUUGCACUAUUCAUAUAAUGGUGACACAAUGUUUCUCCCGUCGACAACAUUAGCUGACGGCAAUUGGCAUAGAAUAGAGAUUAAAUGGAUGGGAACAGACAUAUCUGUGAACAUAGAUUAUGGACUCAGAAACGCUCUAUUACCCAUGCUUGCCAACAAAAUUCAAGGACAGUAUAUUGGAAAAAUUCUGAUCGGUGGACCUGACACUACAGCUGGGAUAUUAUCGUCAGAUGUUGGAUACUUUGAAGGAUGUAUUCAGGAUGUGCGCGUAGGAACUGCCCAAUCUCUCCUCAAUCGGCCAACAGUAAGAGAAAAUGUCCGUGACGGGUGUCAGUCUAGGGCUGACUGUUUGUUGUCAAUAUGUCCGCCAUAUAGUAAAUGCGUAUCGUCAUGGGACACGACCGAAUGCGAAUGUGAUCGCGGUCGCUUCGGACCCUCGUGCGUGGCCGCGUGCGAACUUCGGCCGUGCGGCGAACACGCCACUUGCGUACCCGACGACAGCAAGAAGGGUUACUCCUGCAACUGCCAUGUUGGGUAUUCUAUGAAUGAAGGAGAAUGCGUAGAAGAAAACACAGAAGAACAGUGUCCAGGGGGCUGGUGGGGAGUGAAAGCCUGUGGGCCUUGCGACUGCGAUGCUUCUAGAGGCCUUCAUCCGUACUGUGCCUCUAAGACUGGGGUCUGCCAUUGUAAGGAGAACCACUACAAACCCGAAGGUUCAGAGGACUGUGUUCCUUGCCAGUGCUACGCAGCCGGUUCGGUGAACAGCACCUGUGCAAGCCUCACGGGACAAUGCAAUUGCCGGAGUGGCGUUAUUGGCAGAGCUUGCGACUCCUGCGCGAAUAUAUAUGCCGAGGUCACGCCCAAUACUGGAUGCAAAGUUGUAUACGAUGGAUGUCCGAAGUCCUUUGCGGCUGGAGUUUGGUGGCCACGAACUAAAUUUGGCAUUGAAGCUAUCACCGACUGUCCUUCAGGGUCAAGUGGUAAAGCGACUCGUAUGUGCGAUGAGACUCAGGUGAUACCAUGGCAGGAACCGGAUAUGUUUAAUUGUACCACUUCUACGUUCUAUCAGUUGAGGAAACAGCUUCACAAAAUAGAGACAGGCGAACUAACAAUGAACACGUUCGUUGGUGUACGUUUGGCCGAAGACUUAUCAGCGGCGUGCACGAACACACAACAUUUGUAUGGCGCUGAUAUUUUAGUGGCUGAAGGGAUUUUGUUAGAGCUUGUACAAUACGAGUUGAGACAGGCCGGAUUGAACCUUACGCACAGCCAGGAUAAAGAUUACGUUCGGAACAUAAUAAAAUCAUCAAAUACAAUCUUGGACCUUAACUAUCAAAAGGAGUGGCGACGUAUCAGCGAUUUGACAGGAAAGGGCGCGGAGCAUUUGGUGCAACAAUUCGAUAAAUAUAUAUCAGUACUGGCUGAGAGUCAACACGACACCUAUACCAGCCCCUUCGAGAUUGUAACAAGUGAUAUGGCUAUCGGCGUAGAUAUAGUAACAGCGGAAUCAAUAUAUGGCUUCGAGCCAACACAACUUAGCCGAAUUAUUGAGGGCUAUACCACGGAGAAAGUUGUUCUUCCCGAUACGUCAUCAUUCGUACACUCUCCCAUACAAACCAUGGGUUAUUACGGCAUCAAUAAGUCGAAGAGCAAGAAACCCAGCAGCCCCACUGUGUCCUUCCCAAAGUACAAUAACUACGUCAAGAGCAAGAAUAAAUUCGACAAGUUCUCAAGAGUUCUGUUGCCGCUGGAUUUGAUUGGGAUUAACAAUGUUCAAGAUAAUUUAGACACAAUGGAAUCUCGCGCAGUCUUCUCCUAUCUCCAGUACUCGAGGAACACCUCUCAGCUAAUGCCUCUCCGCAUGGAUGAGUCUGUUAGUCGGCGCUGGGGAGUUAACAUCACCGUUGGAUCUCCCAUACUUCAAGUUUCCUUAUUCGUCCCAGAAUAUGUCUGGAUGAAGGAAGCCAAGGAUGUUGAGGACUCGGCUGAUACUAUGGAAGAUCUUGAUGGUAUCGCGUACGUAAAUAAAGGCAAUCCCCAAAAUCAAAAGGACAAAAACCCAUGGAGUCCAGAUAACUCCAUACAAGACACACACGGGCCAAUAGUCAUACAGCCAGCGUUUAAAAAGCAGGAUUACACUGAAACGCAAGAAGACAAUGUUAUGGCUGAAAAGCUGGAACAACCUAAAGCCUUAGCUUUGACCGUGGAGACGGGAAACAUGAGUAUGGGAAGGAAGUUGGUGUAUAAGAGUUUGAAUGGAAUAAGACUGAAGAAACCCAUACGAUUGCAAUUGUGGCUCGAUAUCAGCAGAGAGACGUUUGGCUCCAGGACAAAUCCGCAGUGCGUUCAUUGGUCUACCGCAAAGGGGUCAGGUGAGUGGUCCCGCGUGGGAUGUCACACAGAAAUUGACUAUAACUGGUCUCCAUACUCCAAUGACCCUCUUCUCAUCAACUGCACUUGCAACCAUCUUUCUACCUUCGCUGUUUUGGUGGAUGAAGUGGAUAUAGAGUUCAUCCCAGAACCAUCUCUUCUUGAAUCUGUUACUUCAUACACGGGAUUCAGUAUAUCCCUCCCAUUACUCCUUUGCACAUGGGCAGCGCUAUCGCUCAUGCGCGGUGGUGCGGCGACCGUGUCCAAUUCCAUUCAUAAACACCUCAUUUUCUGUGUGUUCAUGGCGGAGCUUCUGUAUUUAAUCGCUUUGAAAGCAAGGAAUUCCUUGGUUCAAAAUGAGUUCGCAUGCAAAGUAAUAGCAAUGUCGCUCCACUAUUGGUGGGUGUCUGCGCUCGCGUGGAGCGCGUGCGACGCGUGGCAAGUACGUAGACUCGUACGCGAAGUACGGGACGUCAAUCACGGACCAAUCGCGGCCCAUCUCGCCGUGGCGUACGCGGCACCCGCCGUCGCCUUGGCGUUGGCCGCUGCCCAUCAUCAGCAGCAGUAUGGGAAUUCGCUAUUUUGCUGGGUGAGUUGUCACGAGGCAGUGGUAUGGUGGGUGGUGAUACCAGCGGGCGCCUACGCACUAGCGGCCGUUAUACUACUCGCGGGCGCCACGAGAGCUGCCUUCACAGUGCGAGAUCAUGUUAUUGGAUUCGGGAAUUUGAGGAUGUUACUAGCCGUGAGCAUUAUCUGCCUGCCACUAGUCUGCCUGGCGUGGGCAAGUGGGCUCAUCUUGGGCAGUGAGGCAGGUGACAGGCGGAAUCUGCUCAGCUCCAUCCUGGCGGGGGCGGUGGCAUUGCACGCGGCUGCUGCAUCCCUCGGAUAUAUCGCCUUUAAUAUUCGAGUACGGGAUAAUCUUAAAAGAACAAUUCUAAGAUGUCUUGGAAAGAAGGUGCCCUUAGCAGAUACAUCUGUUAUAAUAAGCACCAGUGCCCAGAAUUUAUCGCAGACAAAUAGGUCUUCAUUGGCCUACCACAGCGGAACAGAAGGGCGACAACUUCGAAAUAUUGGUAUCUCUGCUUCAUCCACCACCUCAAGGUCUACAACGAAGACCAGCUCGAGUCCUUACAGAAGCGACGGUCAACUCCGCCAUACAAGUACAUCCACGUCCAACUACAAUACGAGUGCCAGCGACAUGCCCGCUUAUUUGAGAGGGUUCGACUCCUCGCUACAUAAAAGGAAGGAUGAUGAUCGUCGCCGACGUCGCAAACCAACCACUGAUAACGAAACAACAGGGGAGACAGGGGACGGCACGGAGGCCACGGACAGUGAAAGCGAGGGUAGUGCGAGGAGUCUGGAUCUUGCCUCCAGUCAUUCAUCUGACGACGAUGAAACUAGUACUAGAAGAUCGGAUCAUCCACCAUCUGUUAAUAGGGACAGAGGUAGCAGUACAGGCGGCAGCUACUUACCAAACAUCACAGAGGGCGCUCCUUUGGGUGUUCCACCUCGUUGGCCUUCGCAUAUAAGAGAGGAAACAAAUCGGCCGGAAGGUCGCUGGUCCCAAGAAACGGGGUCGGAUGACCAGGCUUCUCCAUCUCCGAACCCAUUGCCUAACCCGGAUCUUACGUCUGACGUAUAUCACCUAAGCAGGCAUCGGAUGAAACCGUCAAUACUAGAGAAUGUACACGAUACAUAUGUUGCCAGCGUCGACGCUUCGAGAUUGCCGUUGGAUAAUAGAUACGGAGGCAUGGAAGACGAACUUAUGUAUGGAGUUCUACCGACCGAUACUGACAAACAAAUGCCAUACGAUCCCACAUAUCCCAUAUCUCCCACCAUGUAUCGCCUUCCCACUAACCCCUACGGCUCUAAAACCUACCUUUCCUCCCGUACCUCAGACUAUGGUUAUAGUCCCACAAAAUACCUAAACGCAGACACAUAUGGUUCCCGGGAUUUCCGCGAUUCGGGGGUGACAGCCCGGGAACACGAUGGCUACCAAAGGGAUUUUCGGGAUUCCGGGAUAGCCACGAUGCUUAAAAAUGACUAUCAAAGGAAAAUAGAGGGGCAUUAUGGGGAAUAUACGGAACGUAUGUCCGACGGUUCGGACAAACAUACACACGAUAAAUACCAUUUUCCAUAUACAGCCGAAGAAGACCACAUAACGUUGCGUGGAAUCACCCACUCAUCACAAGCUCCUAGUAGUGAUAGCGCAGCAGAUGGGCAGCAACAAAUGGGAGCACCAUUAGCAAGUAUGGGCGAAACCAGCGAGGAAGAGGAAAUCUACUACUGAAGAUGACACAGAAACAAGGGUGUAGAACAAUAGUACAAGAUUUCCAAUGAAUCUCAAUUAGUUUAGUAAUUUAUUUUUACUAUGUAUAACAUUUAAGAUAGCUUUUAUUUUUGUAAAGACUGUCCCUGAUACCCACAGGCACUGCCAUAUUGCUAGAGUAUUUUAGUUUUGUCUAUGCUUUAAUAGAAAAUAAUUCUAAGGUAUAAGAAAUUAAUGUCAAAGGGAAUUGUGGAGCUGGUAAAAUGUGUCUUUAUUCUUGACACUUUAAAUGCAAAAGUAAAUUCAUUAUAUUUAUAGAGAGUGUGAUUUAUCAGUUCCACUGUUCUUAGAAAUAGGAAGAUGGUUUAACUCAAUAUGAAAUCCAAAGUCAGUGUGUCGUGUAAAUAAUAUUAAUAUAAAAUGUAUAAAUAAGAUAUUUUUGUAUAACACCAAAAGAUAAGAUACAAAGCAUACAACUUACAUCAAACUUUAAGAUCGCAGUGAAAUGUAAAAAGCAAAAUACUUAGCACUUUCGCAAUACAGCGCCCGUACUCUAUAAAUCGCAAUAGCGACAGCGACCUCGACUUGAAUCUAGAGUUUUGUAUACCGCGCAAUCCUAAGGUUGUGACGUCAGCAGGUAAUAAGAGAACUACAUCAAAAUUGCAUGCAAGCAACGUGGUAAGUAAACAACGAAACUUUUGUUUAUAAUAAAAUUAUCGUUGGUUUGAAAUUUUUAAAUACAUAUUUAAAUUCUCUCAAUCUUAUCAUUUUAGAUGAAUUUAGAAUCUUCUCAAUGAUUCAAUUUUAAAAUGCGGCUACUUCACAUAGAUAAUAAAGUUUGUAGCUAAUUUGUCAUAGUGUAGGUAAGACAAAAAUAGUAUGCAAACAUAAUAUAAAAUACUCUUGGUGUAAAUAUCUACUGAUGAGCGUGUUGUGUGCAUUUCAAUGUUUUACGAAGAGUCCACCUAUUCUGUAAAUACUUAUGUUAAUGCAUUGCUUUUUAGGAAUUAAUUAAGUAGGCAAUUAUUGAAAAGCUUUAUUUAUGUAGGAUAAAUAUUUUGCCAUAAUGGUUGAGUGUGCACUCUAUAGUUUUUUUUUUUUGGUUCAGUGUUGCCAAUUUAUGUGAGAGAUGCUAAAAUUUAUGUAUUUUAAUGUUUCUGUAAAUUAUGUUAUCAUUAAAAGUAAAAUUAAAUUAAAUAUGAAGAAUCAGAUAAUGUUACAAAAUAAAAUGUAGGUCUGUGUUUUGUUCAUAUAAAAUAUUGAAAUUAGAAAAAGUAUAAAGUUUUACGUGGCCUUUGCAGUCCAAUAACAUUUCGACUGAAGAUAUUUUUUAAAUAAUUCUGUAUCUUGUAAUAAGUCCAAAAAUAAGUAGGUAUGUUGUUUUUCGGGUUGUUAGUUGGAAUGUAUUCAAUAUUAUAUUCACAAUUAAAUUGCUCAAUAAAAUUCUAUAAAAAAUGAAUUGAUAGAUAUACCUACAUUUUUAUAAUAUGCUUUUAAUUUAUGAAUGUAGCUCAUUCGACUUUUUAACAUUUUAAGCUUCAUAGCAUAAUGGAACGGAAUAUUAUAAAUGUACACUUAAAUCAGGAGUUAUAAUAAUAGUAAUAGUGAUAUUGUAAACACAUU